AUGAAAGGUGCGGGUGUCAUUUUGCCCAAGGACUCAAGCAAUCCGUCUAGCUGUUCUAAAAAAGGUCCAAAAACAGUGCGGUCUGAUGGUUGCAAUUUAUGUGAGGUGUGCGGUGGGAAGGAACGAAGAGUGGUUACAAGUAUUGAACAAAAUCUGUCUGUGCCUCGAUAUAAUUCUAAUCUUUAUAGGAAAAAUAACAGAGCUGUAUCGGAAAAAAGAAUUAAAAUGCCUACCGAAUAUAAACGCAAAGGUAGUGUUUGUCGAGAGGAAUGGUCAGAACAAGAUUUACAACAAGCUGUAGAGGCUGUACAAGAAGGUAGAGUAGGUGUUCGAGAAGCCGUUCGUUACUUUGCCAUACACAACACUUCGACGAUGCUUGAGAAGUGGCAAUCAUAGAAAGCUUCCGUUGGGACCAUUAUCUACUUUAGGACAAGAAAACGAAGUUAAAUUGGUCAAUCAUAUUAAAAAACUUCAAAAGUUUGGAUUUUCGCCAUCACGAACAACUGUACGCUCUAUGGCAUUUGAAUUAGAACAGAAAUUAAAUCUCCCACAUAAAUUCAAUAUUGAAAGACGUAUGGCAGGAUAUCCAUGGCUCGAGUCAUUUUUAAGGCGCAAUAAGGAUCUAGCAGUGAGAAAAUCCGAAGGUAUGUCAGC